UUAUUUAUUUUGGGAGACAGUGCGCGUACAAGCUGGAGGAGGGGCGGGGGGAGAGAGAGAGAGAGAGAGAGAGAGAGAGAGAGAAUCCCAGGCAGGCUCUAAGUCCAGUAUGGAGCCUGACAUUGGGCUCAAUUUCACAAACCUGCAAGAUAAUUACCUGAGCUGAGAUCAAGAGUUGAACAGCUAACCAACUGAGCCACCAAGUCACCCCUGUAUUGCUCAUUUUCUAUUUUUCCCAUAGUAAACAUACUAUCUCAGUUUAAGGAUAAAUGUUAAUUUUUCCUUCAUGUUAUGUUUCUUAUUAUACAGCUGAUUGAUUUUCUAUAUUUUCAGCUCCUUAUCUGUCAGCCUUCCUCAUUAUUCUAUUGCUAAUCUGGAUUUUUCAGGGCCCAGCAAGGAGAUAAUAACCAUAGCAGUUAUUAUGAGAGAAAAUGUUGGUAUAAAGAAUGGUUAACUAAAUAUAAAGCUGUUAACUAGUUAUUUGAAAAACAAUAAACCCUGAGAUACCACAGACAUAGCAUUGUACGAAGGAGCUCUCACCCCUAGGGAUGGAAAAUAAAGGGUAGCAGUUAGAAUAAGUACACUUGGAAGAAAAAAGCUAUUAAGAUCUUGGAGGAAGGACCUGUGGAGUUGAAACUCAAAUAUCUGAGGAGGGGCUGCUGCUCGUGUCUCCGAGCUCAGAGGAAGGCAGGGUCACCACCUCUGAGGAAAGGGUGCUGGUGGCCAACACAGGUGUUCCUGAGGAGGGUGUGAUGAGGUGAGCAGCGCUAAGGCUGGAACACAGCUGCUGCCUUGGAAAGAAAUCAGGGUUGCUGAGGUGAACAGGGCGUUGGGCGAUGCUCCAGGCACAGUGAGCAGAGAGGAAGCUCACAGGCAGCAAAGAGGAGCGAGCAAAGAAGUCUUCUGUUCCGUUUCUAGCCUUGGCGACGCCCUCUAGUGCCCUCCAAGGGCAGAGCUGGCAAGAAAGAAAGGAGUUUGCAGAGCCUCAGUGCCUGCAUCCUAACAGAGUAUAGAAAGAUACCUCAGAGCUGAAAGAUUGCUUAUAUAGCACAUGCAGUAACAUGGAAAAUUAUUAAAAUUCAACUUGGGAGGGUCGCACGGCUUUUAAAUUUUUCAAGUAAAGUAAACAUCAUCUCAUAGAUUCUCCCUAUUUUAAAAAGUUUCAGGUACUGGAAAAUUAGUUAAUUAGUUCAAGACCAUAAAGGGACUAUAUGGAAGAUCUAAAUUCCGAGUUUAAGUUGCCAGGCUCCUUGUCUUUUGUUGUCAUCUAUCAUUUUAGAUCUUGUGUCCUCAUUUGCUGAGUCUUACAUCUCCAUUGGACUGUUGAGUUUUCACUAAUGUGUACUGGUAUAUCUUUCCACUUUGUAUCUUGAAUGUCUGUUUGUCAGAGCUUCAACAUUCCUGAAUGAUUUUCACUUAAUAAAUAUAUUUGGCCCCAAUUUUAUGUUUCUUUUUUGAUCUUUUGUGUCACUAAUUUAUUUUUUAAAGUUUAUUUAUUGAGAGAGAGUGAGAGAUUGGGGAAGGAGCAGAAAGAGGGAGAGAGAGAAUCCCAAGCAGGCUCUGCUCUGUUAAGUAGAGAACCCCACUUAGAGCUCAAUGCACGUUUCCAAGCAGGGCUUGAACCUAGGAACUGUGAGAUUGUGACCUGAGCCAAAAUCAAGAGUUAAGACGCUUAACAGACUGAGCCAUCCAGGUACCCUCUUUGGUUCAUUUAAAUAGAGCUUUUACUUUGGGAGAAUUUUAGAUUUACAGAGAAGUUGCAAAGGUAGUCCGGGGAGUUCCUACAUGGCCUUCACCCGGUAUCAAGUUUCAGUUUCUUCUAAUGUUAUCAUCUUACAUUUCUGUGGUACACGGAGAGAUCAACAGUGGUACGUGCCUAUUAACUAAUGAUAGACGUUAUUCAGAUUUCACCAGUUUUUUCAUUUUACCCUUUUCUUUUCUAGAGUUCAAUCAAGGAAACAAGACAUUUAGCUGUCAUGAUUCCUUAGCGACCUCUGGUUUCUUGAGUUUCAUAGUCUUACCUGAAAGUCUUUCCAUGGUGUUGACAGCUUUCAGGAAUAUUGGUCAGAUAUUUUUUAGAAUGUCCUCUCAAUGUGGGUUUGUCUGAAUUUUUUCUUCAUAAUUUGACUGGGAUUCUGGGUUUUUGAAAAGUAUACUAUAAAUCAUACCAGGGGUACGUAAUAUACACGUCAUCCCUAGUGAUGUUAAACUUGCUCAGUUGCUUUAUUAUGUGAUCCUAAUGAAAAAGAAGUGAGAUGUUACUUGUGUAGCUAUUUUUUUACUUAAAAAUUUUCACCUUUUCUUUCAGUUCCCUAGUUCAUUUAUAUGCAGGGAAAUUGAUAUUUAUCAAGCUGUUCUAUGCAAUUUGCAUAACAUUCUCAGAAGGUGAAUAUUAUCAAAUUACCUAAGGAAGCUUUUAUUAUUGAUGAUAGGAUUUAAAGUAGCAAACCAUAUAACAGAGAUGAUCUUCUUAAAUAAUCUAGUGUCAUUUGCCCCUCGCCUGACUCAUUUAUAACACUUCCCUUUGUUGCUUGGAUCACAAUGAAUAUAUUUUUUAGGAGGCAAUUUCCUUGACUAAUUGACUUUAGUUUUGCAAUCCCAGGUCAGGAUAACAUUAGUUGGUCACUAUCCUUCAGUUCAGUUAAUUAGCUAUGUGUUCCAUAUAUAGAUACAUUUAUACACCUCCUGUGUGCUUGAGAUUAUAGUCUGGGAAUAGCUCCAAGGGAAGGAUGGAGUGAAAUAGACAACAGGAGGAAGAUCAAACUAGGUAAACUUCAGUCAGGAGGAAAACUCAGGUAAGGGUUUGCUUUUGUGUAUUUCAAUUAGCUUUUGCCCAGAGGCAGAAAGAAACAUGUGUUAGUGGUGGGGAGAUGAUGAGUAGAGCAGGAAAUAAACAUGAAUGGUUGUCAACAUGAAAAACUGAAUUAAUCUUAAAUUUUAAUAAGGACUUGGAAAUGACUUGGAGAUUCAGGGGGUGAGAAUGCAGAUACACUGCAGAGUCUGGAAUCCACACUGUGGUCAGGCCCAGGAUUUAGGCUGAAUUGUUAACUGUACCAAGGGGUCUUUAGGGAGAGUUAUUAGUAUGCAAAGUAAAUACAAAUAUGUGUGCGGUCAUGAUAACAAGCUUGCUUUACCUUUAUCUUCAGGGAACUCAAAUAUGAGAGAAAGUUCAUUAGGUAGAAGUGAUAAGUGACAUUAAACACAACCCCAAGUUCAUAGAAUCAAGAUGGAGAAAGGAUAAUAGAAAACCUGCUUAGAAGUAUCUAUGCAUCUAACUCACCUUAAACUAAACUAAUGUAGUGUAGGUUAAAACUAGGUGGUGGAAGGAUGGAGAAAAAAGUAGGAAACUAAAUGUAUCAUCUUUGACAACCAGUAAUCGAUCCUCCCGUUUUUGUUUAUAUUCUUUUAACAUUUGUUAGAAUUUUUUUCUAGGUCCCUCCAGUGAGAUGUUUUAUGGUGAAAUGGUGGUGAUUUCGUGGUGAAAUAGCACCAAAGAUGAAGGGAUAGAAGAUGAUCCUAUGAAGGAAGACUAAAGGACUGGAGAGAAAGAAUCAAGUGGACAUCGGUUUACUUGAAAGAAUGAGAGGUUUUCUUUUUGUAAGGAUGAACCUUUGGAUUGCUAUGUUAAUAAAAAGUGAGACACCAAGGAAGAAAAUGAAUUUUCAAACCAGGUAAACUGUAGAGAAACCACCAUGUCCUGGGUGGAGAAACCGAAGAAAAGAACUGGGUCAGAAAAUAUUUUUAGAUCUCUUCCAACUGAGUGAUUUUAUUCACUGGGCAUAAUGAGCAUCUCUCUGUUUUUCUUCCCCACAAAAUUUUAAAAUGUAAAAUUCCCAUGAGUCUAUUCUAAGAGGUUGCCCAAUUCUAAUUCCAUAAAAAUCAAGACAUUAGAUGAUGAUUCCAUUAAAUGCUGCAGAAUCUGAAUUUACUGCAUACCAUGAUCAUUUACAUAGUCUAAAUGAAAUGAUGGCUGUAAUUCUUGUCAUGAUUCUUGAGAGAAAUAGCUAGACCACAAGUAGAGAACACAAAGUGGAAUAUCUUCUAAUGGCAAUGGCCUUAGAGGAGCAGCCCUGUUUCCAUGGAAGGCCUGCGAUAUCUCAAAGUGACCGAACCUAGGACCUUCCUCUAGAGGCCAUUCAGAGACUGUAUCUCAGAGCCAAUGGAGAGAUACUCAAGAAAUCUGAAUACUUGAAGACAGGAGCUGAGUAACAUGAAAACUGAUCCUGGUAUCUGAGGCAAUGGAUAGAAGGAAUCAGUUGACAGUAUCAGAGUUUGUGUUCCUGGGACUCACUAAUUCAUGGGAGAUCCAACUUCUCCUUUCUGUUUUCUCUUUUCUGUUCUACUUGGCAAGCAUGAUGGGAAACCUUGUCAUUGUGUUCACUGUAACCUUGGAUGCUCAUUUGCACUUCCCUAUGUAUUUCCUCCUGGCUAACCUCUCAGUCAUUGAUAUGUUGUUUUGCUCAAUCAUAGCCCCUAAAAUGAUUUGUGAUAUUUUCAAGAAGCGCAAAUCCAUCUCUUUCUGUGGAUGCUUUACCCAGAUCUUCUUUAGCCAUGCUGUCGGGGGCACUGAGAUGGUGCUGCUUAUAGCCAUGGCCUUCGACAGAUAUGUGGCCAUAUGUAAGCCUCUGCACUACUUGACCGUCAUGAGUCCCAGGAUGUGUCUAUAUUUUGUAGUCACUUCCUGGGUCAUUGGCUUCAUCCAUUCAUUGAUUCAAGUAGUUUUUGUGGUAGACUUGCCUUUUUGUGGCCCUAACGUGUUGGACAGUUUUUAUUGUGACCUUCCCCGGCUCCUCAGACUUGCCUGCACAAACACCCAAGAACUGGAGUUCAUGGUUACUGUGAAUAGUGGGCUCAUUUCUGUGGGCUCCUUUAUCGUGCUGGUCAUUUCGUACAUCUUCAUUUUGUUUACUGUUUGGAAACAUUCCUCUGGUGGCUCAUCCAAGGCUAUCUCUACACUGUCAGCUCAUAUCACUGUGGUAGUUUUGUUCUUUGGGCCACUGAUGUUUUUCUACACAUGGCCGUCUCCCACAUCCAACCUGGAUAAGUAUUUUGCUAUUUUUGAUGCAUUUAUCACUCCUUUUCUGAAUCCAGUCAUCUACACAUUCAGGAACAAAGAGAUGAAAGCGGCAAUGAGGAGAUUGUGCAGUCAUGUUGUGCAUUACCGGAAGAUCUCGUGAACUGCUGGCUAUGAAGAUAUGAAAUCAUAGAUUCUCCCCCAUGCUGGUUGUAGAAAAGACAUUUUACAAUCUCAGGAAAAUACUCAACACUUAAGAUGUUAUAUGCCUAGAAAAGUACUAUCUAUGAUAUCGAUUUCACCAUUAAUUUAGAAGCGAUGUUAUUCUUUGGUAGUCUAUACAUCAAAGUGUCAAAAACCAAAUCAUAUGUGCUUUGUCACCCACAUGGUUAGGAGCAUGACACAUAAUUGAAUAACCAAGAUUAAUUUUAUCUUCCUUCUGCUUACUGGAUUUUAAGUCUCGAUUUCAAUUUUCUUUGUUUCUACUUUGUUUGAUUCUUAUUUCUCCAUUUUCUGCUUCCUUGGUGUCCUUAUCAGGCUCCUCUAUCUGGCAGUGUAUAAAAUUGCUAAUUCUAUGUUAGAAUUGUAGAAGUUAAAGCUAGAUUGAAUUACCAACAUCACUGCUUCUGAUCCUUCUGGUGCCCUAGCUAUAACCCAAGAAAUGAGGGGUGACUGCCAUUGGCCCAGGAGCAGGACAGAAAUUACCAGAGAGCCAGGCACCAGAAACUAUGUCCUUGGUUGCCAUGUCACUGCCCCAUCACUUUCAAAUCAAUUUUGCAUUUGAAUUUCUGAACAAAUUCUACUCUUCUAGUUAUUUCCUAUAGAUCUAUUUAAAGAAAGAGGUUUAUAUCUCUUAUGUAUUCCUUUUUUACUGGUAAAUAGUCAUCAACAUUGAGCACUUCCUUAUCAUUUCUAAGUCUUUUCUUAGAUUCUACCAUGACCAUACUCAAAUUCCUAAAGGCUCACUGUGGCCCUUUUGUUUGAAUGAAGGUAUGUGGGAGUUAACUAUAUACAGACUCCUAGUCUACAGCAAUGCAUAGUGUGUCCACCAAAUGAUACCCCCUCCCAUCCCAUGAUCACCGCACCACUUCCUUGAUGUAUGAUUUGAAUGAAGGUACUUGGUAGUUGAUACAACCCCCACACUGUUUCCGUGCCCUGUGGGUUUCAGCUAUUGUAGAGGGUGAGGCGCUGAGACUGUUACAUCCACACAUCCAGACAGUAUUUCAAAAAGUACAUUAUAUUCUGUAGGGACAGUGGUGGCAAUAAAAUACCCAAACAAUAUUGGAAUGGUGAUCCCCAUCCUCUGUCCAUUUAAUUCGCCACUGUGACUCCUACAAAAGUCAGGCAGAUCCUGAAAAAUGACAAUGGACUAUUGUAAACUCACCCUUGUAACAGACCUAACUGCAGUUGCUUUACCAAGGGUGGUAACUUUGCAAGAGCAGAUUAACACAGCCUUGGCCAUAUGAUAUGUGAUCAUUGAUCUCGUCCAUUUUUUUCCCCAUAUCUUUCAGAAAGGAGAUUAGAAACAGCAUUUUUAUGAAAUGGACAUCAGUAUAUAUUUACAGUUUUACCCUUUAUCUUAUAGUUGAAGAGAUCCAGGCCAACUGGAUAUUUUAUAUGUCAUCAUAAUUGUCUAUUAUAUUAAUGACAUCAUGCCAUCAAACCAGAUAAGGAGGAAAUGGCAAGUACAUUCAUCCAUUGGUAAUAUGUAUGUGUUGUCAAGGGAGAGAGUAAGUUGUGUAAAGAAUGAGGAAAUUUCACAUCAUUAAAAUUUUAGGAUUUCAAGAUAUGGAUCAAAGACUCAAAUAUAGAAGAAAACACAGGGCAAAUGGUCUUUGACACUGGUCUUGGCAAUAAUUUCUUGGGAAGACACCAAAUACACAGGCAACAAGAGCUAAAAUAAACGAUUGAGAAGAAACAAAUCUAAAGAGCUUCUGCACAGCAAAGGAAACAAUAAAUUGAAAAGGCAACUUACAGAAUGGCAGAAAAUGCUUGCCAAUCAUAUAUUUGAUAAGGGGUUAUUACACAAAAUAAUGAGAAAGUCAUAUAAGUAAUAGCAAAAAGUAAUUAAUCCAAUUAAAAAAAGGGUAUAGGACGUGAAAAGACAUUUUUCCAAAAAAAAAAAAGACAUAUAAAUGUACAAUAUGUGUAUGAAAAGGUGCUCACCCUCACUAAUCAUCAGGGAAAUGCACAUCAAAACCACAAUGAGAUAUCACUUCACACCUGUUAUUAUGGCUAUUACAAAAAAAGAGACAAAUGCUAGCAAGGACGUGGAGAAAAGGGAACCCUUCUGCACUGCUGAUUGACAAGCAAAUUGGUACAGCUGUUCAUUUAUAGUGAACAUUACGAAAGUUUACAAAGAACAAUAUGAUGGUUCAUCAAAAAACUGAAUACAGAACUACCACAUGAUCCAGCAAUUCUGCUUCUGCGUGGAUACUGAAAGGAAAUGAAAUCAGUAUCUUGAAGAGGUACCUGCAUACCUGUCUUCACUUCAGCAUUAUUACAGUAGCUAGGAUAUGGAAACAAUGUAAAUUUCUUUCGGUGCACGUUGAAUAAAUAAAAUGGGGUAUAUAUGCAAAUGGAAUCUUUAGCCAUAAAAGGCAAAUCCUGCCAUUUGCUAUAACAUCGAUGAGCCUGGAGGGCAAUAUUCUAACUGAUAAAAGCCAGAUAGAGA